AUGGACCCCGAGAACUUUCAGAAACAGUUAGAGUCGCAAUUGCAUGUCUCGAAAUUGCAAAGCGUUGAGUCCAAGCCAGUAUACGUCUCAUCCGUUGAGGUUACCGAUACUGUAUCCAACCCUUUGUCAGAAGGAUCAUUCAAAACAAUUCUAAACCCCUUAUUAUCCAAUCCAUUACAAAGCUUAACUACCACCAUAUCAGCUUUAAAAAACAUUGAAAAGAAGUUAAUGCUUACCGGCCUCUAUGAUGAUGUAUCCAUAUCACUUACAGAAGACCAUUCAGAAUUUGUGAAGCAGUUUUUAAAAGAUGCCACUCCUAAGGAUAUCAAUAUGGAUCUACCGCUUCCAAUUAGUGCUCAAAUCAAACUUACACCAGUUUCUUACAGGAAUUUGUCGUUAAUCAGCACUACAAGGGACAACUUUGCUUCUGUUGGUGGCCGUGUCUCACUCUUGAACAAAUAUGGCUACGCCGAGACCAUAAAUUUGCAAGGUGAAUUGAAUGUGGAUCCUUUCACUGGGAACUUGAAUGAAAAGGCCGCUAAUGUGAAAUGUUCGGUUCCAUUCUUACACGACCCUUCAGUGAAAAGCGUCUUCGACUUCUCUUAUUCGCUCUCGGAUCUUCGUGAACAGCCUUGGAUAGCAGAGUCGGAUCAAGGCAGACAUAGACAACUAGGUUUAAACAUUGGGGUGCACAAGCCUUGGAUGUCGCUUAAUCAAUUCUAUACACCUACUACUUUCAAUGGCCUAUCAAUUAUACUUAGAGACCUUGUUCCGAAGACAGAUGCUACAGAAAUUUCUCUACCAUCCAAAAACGUGUACUCCAAGUUAAGUUUAAUUUCUCAGAUGCUUUACAGUAACAUUAAAUCCAUUGGAACUGUACCUACCCAGGGAGUGAAGGUCAAUUUUACCAAUGAAUUCGUGCUGAAGCAGUCCGCCGCAGGCCAAAACUUUGGUAAUACCUUUGACAAGUUAACAUUAUCCUGCGAAGCACACAGAUCUUUCCUCAGCGAGCAGCUAACGACAAGUCUAAACUUUUCAUGUGGUUCUAUUUUUUCCCCAUCAACAGACGGGAAAGUUCCCGACGUUCAUUUCAUGGACCGCUUCUACGUUGGUGGUCUCUCAUCGUUAAAGGGUUUCCAAACUAACAUGGUUGGCAACACAUCUGGUGAUUCAUUUUACAGACUUGGUCUCUAUUCCUCCAUUGGUUUACCUAAAAUGCCAAAGAUAUCACCAAUUAAGUUACAAACAUUCGUUAACGCCGGUGAUGUUUUUGCAUUAAAAGACGGUAUCCCAGAGAAGUUCGCCGCUGCUACUGGAGUUUCAUUGAUUUACAGCUCUAGGAUUGGAAAUCUGGACCUCACGUAUGCUAUACCGUUAACUUCUAGACCACAAGAUGAAGCAAAACCCGGUUUUUCAUUUGGUGUUAAGAUCGCCUUUAUGUGA